GAAAGGCUGUCUUUUCCCUGGGUGAUGUAUAACUAAGCAGGAGAGAGCUUCGAGUGGGUUCACCACAUCAGCCACCACUCUUGCUUCUGAGCACAGGGUGCUCUCCUCUUGAGCUCAGCUUCUGCUUUUGCAGCCAAGCAUUCUUGCUGCUGCUGCCUGCCUGCCCACCCGCCUGGGCUUGCAGCCCGCCACUUUACUUUCCAGCCCUGAUACCAGCUGAGAAGUCUCCCUGCAGCUGCUAGUGCCUGCCUAGGAUCAUGUGUGUGGAUGCUGCUUGGGAGAAGCGGACACUUGCUCCUGGCACUGAUCCCAGCUGAGUUUCUCCUGUUGAUUUCUGGACCACUGAUGCUGUUACUGAGGAAGUAUUUUCUGGCAUCCCUCCGUGUGCGACACCGGCUAAGGACCAGCCCAAACGCAAGGCAGGAAAGUGUCAGGAUGGACCGCGCUGCCAGGAGCCGACGCUAGCGAGGGAGGUGUGAAGAGUUGGCCAGAAUGACCAACUCCUCCUCCACAUCCACCUCCUCCACCACCGGGGGCUCGCUGCUGCUGCUCUGCGAGGAAGAGGAGUCGUGGGCGGGCCGGCGCAUCCCGGUGUCCCUCCUGUAUUCCGGUCUGGCCAUCGGGGGCACGCUGGCCAACGGCAUGGUCAUCUAUCUCGUGUCGUCCUUCCGAAAGCUGCAGACCACCAGCAACGCCUUCAUCGUGAACGGCUGCGCCGCCGACCUCAGCGUCUGCGCCCUCUGGAUGCCGCAGGAGGCGGUGCUCGGGCUCCUGCCCGCGGGCUCUGCGGAGCCCCCCGCGGACUGGGACGGCGCCGGGGGCAGCUACCGCUUGCUGCGGGGCGGGCUGCUGGGCCUCGGACUCACGGUGUCUCUCCUGUCCCACUGCCUCGUGGCCCUGAACCGCUACCUGCUCAUCACCCGGACGCCCGCCACCUACCAGGCGCUGUACCAGAGGCGCCACACGGCGGGCAUGCUGGCGCUGUCCUGGGCGCUCGCCCUGGGCCUCGUGCUGCUGCUCCCACCCUGGGCGCCGCGGCCCGGCGCCGCGCCCCCGCGCGUGCACUACCCGGCGCUGCUGGCCGCUGCGGCGCUGCUGGCGCAGACGGCGCUGCUGCUGCACUGCUACCUGGGCAUCGUGCGCCGCGUGCGCGUCAGCGUCAAGCGGGUCAGCGUGCUCAACUUCCACCUGCUGCACCAGCUGCCUGGCUGCGCCGCCGCCGCCGCCGCCUUCCCGGGCGCCCCGCACGCGCAGGGCCCCGGCGGCGCCGCGCACCCGGCGCAGGCCCAGCCCCUGCCGCCCGCGCUGCACCCGCGGCGGGCGCAGCGGCGUCUCAGCGGCCUGUCGGUGCUGCUGCUCUGCUGCGUCUUCCUGCUGGCCACGCAGCCGCUGGUGUGGGUGAGCCUGGCCAGCGGCUUCUCGCUGCCGGUGCCCUGGGGCGUGCAGGCGGCCAGCUGGCUUCUGUGCUGCGCCCUGUCCGCGCUCAACCCGCUGCUCUACACGUGGAGGAACGAGGAGUUCCGCCGCUCAGUGCGCUCAGUCCUGCCGGGCGUCGGCGACGCAGCGGCCGCCGCCGUUGCCGCCACGGCCGUGCCCGCAGUGUCCCAGGCGCAACUGGGCACCCGCGCCGCUGGCCAGCACUGGUAACCCAGCCGGGGCCCGAGGGAAGCGGAGAUCCCCGGCUUCCAACGUCCUGGGUCACCGUCCCCUCCUUCCCUCCUAAGGCAUCCCCUGCCUGAACUAAGACUCCCGCCGCGAAGCCCAAUAAACCCGGGGAAAAUGUGGCCUUCGACCCCAGCGGGCUACCUGAACCCAGGCCUCUCCCUAAGUGGGGCGGCCGAAGUCAUUUUGGACGGCCACCUUAUUUUUACCCUUUGUUUCUGUGUUUUAGAGAAAUCCUAACGUCAAAACACCAGGGACUUCAAGAACUUGUAAACUGGCGUUUUAAAAUAACCGGUUAAUUUAUUUCGACACUGUUUGUUUUUGAAAAAGAGCUUUCAUAAUGUAUAACCCUUGCCACUUUCAUCGUCUUAUUUAUGAAGCGCCUUGAGUGUGCAUGAGCCAAAGGAAAUAAUACUGAAGGAAAUCAAUAUGUAGAAAGUAUUUUAGAAAGUAACCUGUCUUUGAUGAUGCUUCCCUUACCAUUUAGUUUUUGUGUAUUAACCUGGAACAGUGAAGCCCUAGGUGUGCCCACCAGUGUGAGUUGCCAUUAAGACCUCAAGCCCUUUAUUCUUAAAAGGGUUUUUUAUUAAGUCUUUCUCGAAUGAGGUAGAAUCUUAGCCAGUAAGAAAACAAAUUAUUUUAUGUUCC